GUUGUAGUGUGGCAAUGCUAUGUGUUUUCUCUCUGCUGCUGCGCCGUGCUGUGUAUUGACUUGGCUUCAAUAGAGACACUUCCGGUUGAAGAGAGUGACUCAGUGAGAUAUUAUUGUGAAGUCCCUAAACCGGCAGCACCAUGUUUUCUUUCAAUAUGUUUGACCACCCGAUACCGAGGGUUUUCCAGAACCGCUUCUCAACUCAGUAUCGCUGCUACUCCGUGUCCAUGCUGGCUGGGCCUAAUGACCGCUCUGAUGUGGAGAAAGGAGGGAAGAUUAUCAUGCCCCCAUCUGCACUGGAUCAGCUAAGCAGAUUAAACAUCACAUACCCAAUGCUUUUCAAGUUAACGAAUAAGAAUUCAGACAGAAUGACACAUUGCGGUGUUCUGGAGUUUGUAGCAGAUGAAGGGAUUUGCUACCUCCCACACUGGAUGAUGCAGAAUUUACUAUUAGAAGAGGGAGGUCUCGUUCAAGUGGAAAGUGUCAAUCUUCAGGUGGCCACAUACUCUAAAUUCCAACCACAGAGUCCUGAUUUCCUGGAUAUCACAAACCCUAAAGCUGUAUUGGAGAAUGCUUUGAGAAAUUUUGCCUGCCUUACGACUGGAGAUGUAAUCGCUAUAAAUUAUAAUGAGAAGAUUUAUGAACUUCGAGUCAUGGAAACAAAACCAGACAAACAAGUAUCCAUCAUUGAGUGCGACAUGAAUGUGGAUUUUGAUGCCCCGCUGGGUUACAAGGAGCCAGAAAGACAAACACAGCAGGAAGAGCCAACUGACAUUGAGGCUGAUCACAGCGAGUAUGUUGCAGAUAUAGGGUUCAGGGCCUUUACUGGUUCUGGAAACAGAUUAGAUGGGAAGAAGAAAGGAAUCGAUCCUAGUCCUUCACCACUGAAGCCAGGAGAAAUAAGGAGAGGCAUUCCAAACUAUGAAUUCAAGAUCGGCACAAUUACUUUCAUCAGAAACUCACGGCCCCAAACAAAGAAAGUAGAAGACGAUGAUACUAUUAAUCGCUUCAUUGCAUUCUCUGGAGAAGGACAGUCCCUGAGGAAGAAAGGCAGGAAGCCCUAAGAGACUUCACAAGUGGAAAAUGAAGUGGUCCUGCAGCACACAUGGUUUUAUGUUGUCAACCAGGCAUUAAAAAUAUCUUGGCGAUCUACAGAAAGGAGAGUAUAUUGUCUUAAUAUUUAAAGACCUCAGGAUGGUGAAGAGCCUGUGACAAUCGAUACACCAAGGAUCAACUAUCCAUUUACUUGGAAAGAGAUCUUGAAUUAUUUAGCGGUUCCAAUAUAGUCUGCAUAGGAAAAAUCCAGUAAACAGUAUCAAACAUUAUCAGGACAAGAGAACUAAAAUGACAUACAUCUAUUUAUAGCUCACAAUGAUUUCAUUUGGACAUGUCCACAAAUGGCGUUUUACAUGUUUCUACAUUCUUCUAGUCCCCAGCUCCUUCUUGCAGAUUGAUUUUGAUAAAAGUGCAAAGUGUCAUUUUCACCUCUUCUCUUUUGUUGGUAAAUAUCAGGCAGUUGGUGUUACUAAAAA